GGAACCAGGAGGCGCGUUCCAGGCGGAGAGGCGAGCGGGGCGGCAUCUCCCGGUCGCGGCACCGACGCUCGGGCGCCCUCCUCGAGUCCCAGCGCCAGCGCCGCGCCCCUCCGGCCAGCAUGAGGCUUCUGACGGCCGCGCUGCUUCUGCUGCUCCUGGCGCUGUGCGCCGCUCGCGUGGACGGGUCCAAAUGCAAGUGCUCGCGAAAGGGGCCCAAGAUCCGCUACAGCGACGUGAAGAAGCUGGAGAUGAAGCCAAAGUACCCGCACUGCGAGGAGAAGAUGGUUAUCAUCACCACCAAGAGCGUGUCCAGGUACCGAGGUCAGGAGCACUGCCUGCACCCCAAGCUGCAGAGCACCAAGCGGUUCAUCAAGUGGUACAACGCCUGGAAUGAGAAGCGCAGGGUCUACGAAGAAUAGGCUGACAAACCCUGGAUGGGGAAAUUUCACACCGGUUGGGACAGGAGCAAAAGACUUUGCAAAUUAAAAACAAACAAACAAACAAACAAAUCCUUUCUUUCUCACAGGUAUAAGACACAAAUUACAUAUUGUUACAAAGCACUUUUUACCAACGGUCAGUUUUUACAUUUUAUAGCUGCGUGGAAAGGCUUCCAGAUGUGAGACCCUUCUCUUUUGCGCUCCAGACUUCAUUACAGGCUGCUUUUUACUGAAAAGGGGGAAACUCAUGCCUUUCCUUUGUAAAAAAAAAAUGCUUUUUGUAUUUGUCCAGACAUCUGAGCUUUAUAAGCGCCUGGGAGGAACAGGGAGCUUGGUGGAGACGUUUCAUAGCAGCGUGGCUCUGUUCCUAGCACAGGAGCUUCCGCUCCCAGGUCCUGGCGCCUCAGCACAGCUGCCGCCAGCUCUCCUGGGCUAGGGUGGGCUGCGGACUCCACAGUGGCCCCUGGGCCUGGCGAGUGGGGGCAGAUCUCUCUCUGCCUCUGUCCUUUGAGGAACUGGGUUUGGGCUGCAGGGCAGUGUGCUUCACCCUCCGGGAUUAAAUUUGACACUAGGAGACACUGCCAAGAUCCUGUAGUGGUGAAGCAAACGGUCCUUAAGGAAGGGGCUGGGUCUUCUCUUCGACCUGAGGUUCUGCAAAAGGUUCACUCCUUCCAUAGUAAUGCUUUGGAAGCACGUUAAGUCCCCAAUACCAUUAGCGAAGACCUUAGGAGAAAACUUACAAAUCUAUGAAUAUUCAAGAUAUAGCUACAGACAUGCAUUCUGUUGACAAGAGAGAGCCUUAAAGCAUGUUUCCUUCCCCCAUCUGUGUGGGGCGUGCAGCACUGAACCAUCUGUCUGUGACCCCCAUGUGAUUUUCAUGUGAAACAGUGCAGCCUCUUGUGCAAGCUAAGACUACCGCGCACCCUGUCCUUUGUAAAUAGACUGAAGAACGCCCUCCAUCCUCCGCCCCGCCAGUACGUGCCGCGUUGGGCUGGCGUGGACUGUGUCAUGGAGAUGUCAGAAACCAUUAGUGUCGCAUGCACGUUUCAUAUUCUUUCUAAGGCAAAAAGAAGUAAUAAAAUAUAUUUGAAAUGUA